CAAUGGUGGCGUUGGAAAGCACCGACAUUCUCAAGCAGCUUGAGAUUAAUUUCGAUCUCGCGCUAAAUGAUCUCGAGUUUGCCAGUCACCAGCUGGACUCCAGGAUGAAGGAUGCGACGAGAGCCAACGUCUCCAUUCCCGACCUGCACACGCUCCACCACCGCAUCCGAGCGAUCAAGACGGAGCUGCCUGGGCUAGCCAAAGACGCCACGGAAGUAGAGGCGGAGAGAAAGGAGACAGAGAUUGCCUUAAACACGACUGUGAUCGAGAACUACAACGUCAUGGUGGGGCUCUACGCGCGCCUCGGCGUUGCACCAGAUCCCGAGUGGGUCGCGACGGCGGCCGACGUUGAAAGUUUCUUGCCCGCGCCACGAGAUAGCGGUGCCGUGUCCGACAGCUUUGUUUCGGGUGGCGACGAGGGGGAGGGGGUGGGGUCGGCGGUUGAGGAGGACGCUACUCAAGCUUCGACUGUGCUGCACUCGGGCAAUCCGGAGAUGUCGGCGAGCCGCGUGGAGGAGAGGGUCGUCGAGCAGUCGUUCUCGGUGAUUUUCGAAGAAGACUUCCUGGCGAUCCACGCUAACACCCGGGGGCGGUCCAAGCUGCAAGACGUGCGAAAGGUGUACGCCAAGGUUCGCGAAGAUUUCGAAGCGAAAAAGAGCCGUGGCAGGCCCGGCUGCAAACCCGCCCCCAUCACCAAGAGAGAGCUGGAUGCCGCGGGUCUUAAGGUGUUCGGCCUGACGGGUGACUGCGUCCUUAACGCUCUUCGGGCGAUGGGCUUGAUCACGGUGCACAAGGGCAGUGUUGCAAUGGCCUCAUAAUGACC